AUGGACCCCGAAAGUUUCGCCAUGUCUUCCUACCAGUUUGUGAACUCUCUAGCGUCCUGCUACCCUCAGUCUCAGCUGGCGCAGCACCAGCAGAACCACCAGGGCAACGGCACCGCUACAACGGCCAGUUCGGCUGCUAGCCAGCCUGGCCAGGAGUACUUCUCCGGAUCGUACACACCCAAUCUGUACCCGGGCACACCCCAGGCGCACUACAACCAGAACUACCUGGGCGGCCAGCAAGCCCAGAGUGGUGACAUGGUGGACUACACACAGCUCCAGCCGCAGCGACUCCUCUUGCCCAACCAGCCGCAGCAGAGCCAACAGACGCCGCAGCAGAAUCUCAGCGCGGGCAGCUGCAAGUACGCCGCCCAGGAGUCCGGCAACGCCAGCGUGACCAACAGCACCUCCAUCUCCAGCCCGCAGGACCUCUCCACGGCCCGGGAUAUUUCGCCCAAGCUGUCUCCGAGCACGGUCGUGGAGAACGUGGCGCGAUCGCUCAGCAAGAGCUCGACGGUGUCCUCGACGAACGCCACAACAAACCACCCCGCGGGCGGUCUGGGGGCCAACCACACCACCAGUGUGCCCCUGCACAGCCCCAACGGCGGUGACUCGGACACCUCGAGUGAGAGCGGCAACGAGGGAGGCAACAGCGGGGGCAAUCAGAGCAAUUCCUCGAAGAAAGGCUCAGGCCCGCCGCAGAUCUACCCAUGGAUGAAGAGGGUCCACCUAGGCCAAAGCACGGUGAAUGCCAACGGUGAGACGAAACGCCAACGGACCUCCUACACCCGCUACCAGACGCUGGAGCUGGAGAAGGAGUUCCACUUCAACCGAUACUUGACGCGGAGGAGACGGAUCGAGAUCGCCCAUGCCCUCUGCCUCACGGAGCGCCAGAUCAAGAUCUGGUUCCAGAAUCGCCGGAUGAAGUGGAAGAAGGAGCACAAGAUGGCAUCAAUGAACAUUGUACCUUAUCACAUGUCACCGUACGGCCACCCCUACCAGUUUGACAUUCACCCGUCGCAAUUCGCACACCUGAGCGCAUAG